AGAGAAGACAGGAUGAGUGGGAGGAGUCAGGGGUGAGAGGAGGAGGAGUCAGGGAGGCCGAUAAAAACAGACUCAGCAGAGAGAGAUGUUCAAAGUCUGCUGGAGGAACAACAUCACUGAGAGCAGGAACGAGUCUGCACAGAGACGAGAGACGAAGUUCAACUGACGAGGGCCGAGCAGACCUGCAGAGGUGCAUCAUGGGAACGUCUUAGGUCCAGAAAGACACAGACCUGAACACCUUCGUCUGCUGGUUCCGCCUCCACCACCCGCCCAACAGGAUGUCCAGGUUCUCCCAGGGAACGAGCUGCGCAGGUGGGGCAGGAGGGCUGAUGAUGAUGAUGAUGACGAUGAUGAUGAUGAUAAUGAUGACGACAAUGAUGAUGAUGACGACGACGGUGGCGGCGAGUGUGGAUGACGUAGAGAGUGAAGAGAGUCAAGAGAUCCUGGACGAGGACGAGGAGCCGGCGGCGGCGAACCCGUCCCGAGUGUCUCCUCUCAGCUCCUGGCUGAUCUUCCGAAGCAACUCCAACAAGGGGGAGAACCGGAGAACCAAAGGUUCCAGGAGAACGUCCAAGGUCAUAGACAGAAACACACAUGGUCUUCCAGGACCUCCAGGACCUCCAGGACCCCAGGGGCCCCCAGGGCCCCAGGGCCCCCCGGGGCCCCCCAUCUUACCCCAACAACAGGAGCUCAUCCAGCAGCUACAGCAAAAACUGAGAGACGUGGCAGCAGGAGUGUGUGUUCUGUGUGAUCGUCCUCCUCGUGUCUCCGCCUCCUUCCUCAGUCGCCUCCUGCAGCAGGUCAACGUCCCUCGACGCAGCCUGGUGGAGCUGCAGCCGUUCAGCCAGCCCUCAGAUUCAGAGCGCAGCUUCCAGAGAGGUCAGAGAGGUCAGAGCCUCGACAGCAGCACCGGACGAUACACAGCCGCUGUCUCCGGCUUCUACCAGCUGACGGCCAGCCUGCUGAUCGAGUCAGGUGACAGAGUUCAGCUCCGCCUAAGAGACAGUGUGAGAGCAGCGAUCUGCAUCGAGUCGCUCUGUCAGAGUAACAUCUCUGUGGAGUCGGUGAUGGGCGUGGCGGCUGCUGGAGGAACGUUUAGCAUGUUGCUGACAGGAACUCUGUACCUACAGGCUGGAGAGUACGUCUCUGUGUUCGUGGACAACGCCACCGGCUCGGCCGUCAGCGUCCUGCCGGACUCGCUGUUCUCUGGGAUCCUGUUGGGAGUCUGACCAGAUGAAAACCCCUGGACCUGGACUGAUCGUCAGGGGCACGAGGACCCAGUGAGUCAGAAGAGAUCCUGAACCUUGUUCCUCUCGCUCCCUUCACUCCUGUCGUCCUCUUCAUCGUCUCUCCAGUGGAGCAGGUUCGGUCAGUUCAGGUCCAGCUCUCUAACAGAGUGAAAAAGGUCUCAGGAGGUUUGUCCUCUCACUUCCCUUUACAUCAACAACACCAACCUCUUACACCUUAAAGGGGCAGUAGGAGAUUUUGGGGUCUGUGAGGUCUUCUGAUAUUUUGUGAAAUCUUUAUGUUGAAGUGGUUUUGUGCGAAAGCGACUGCGACUCAGUUGUGAAGAAAGCGUCUGAAAAGUGAAGCUGAUGAGAUUGAAACAUUUCUAUGUGUGAAUAUUAAGAACCUGCUCUCCUCUGACUUUGAUAUUAAUAUUUAUUCUCUGGAUGUGAUAAACAUAUUGUGUGAAUAAUCUUGAUAAUAAUAAACCUUUCUGCUCUCUGUCAA